AUGCAAUCAAGAGCAGGCAGAAGUAUUGUACUGAUGACUUCUCUCCGAACAGACAUCGCACAACAAAACACUGAAGAGAAAGCCGAAAUUACCCACAUCGAACAGAUACACACCAACGAGCGUGUUGCCGGCCAUGAUAACUACUACGAGAAGAAUGGUCUCCGCACCUAUGGCGAUGGAGUUGAUCAUGAGCCUAUAGGCAAGAUGUCUUUCGCCCGAAUGAUGUCCCUCGUAGCCAUGGCAUUCCUCUGGACCGGCAGCCAAAUCCCCGUCUACCUCUUCGGCGCCGUCCCACCUUACAUCUACCGUGACAUCGGAGGUCUCGACCGCUGGGUCUGGUUCGUCCUCGCCAACCUCCUCUCCCUCGCUGCAGUGUGUCCGUUUGUCGGUUCGAUUUCCGAUUUGAUUGGACGACGUUGGGUUUCGAUUAUUGGGGCUUCAUUGCUGGUGAUUGCGAUGAUUAUUUGUUCGACUGUGCAUGAUAUGAAUUACUUCAUCUGCGGCAUGGUUUUCGCUGGAGUAGGAGCUGGAAUUAACGAGCUUACUGCACUGGCUGCGACAUCCGAAUUGGCACCGACUUCGAAGAGAGGGAAGUAUGUUGCUGUACUGAUCUUUUCGAUUUUGCCUUUCUUGCCGUCGGUGUUGUACGGCCAGCUCAUCGCAUACUAUGCCGACUGGAGAUGGCUCGGUCUCAUUUGUGGGUUGUGGGCGUUCAUCGGACUUGUGAUGGUCGUGGUCUUCUACCACCCUCCGCCACGAGUCAACUCUCAAGGCAUGACGACCCGAGAAGUCCUCCGGCAGAUUGAUUAUGUCGGUGGUAUCUUGUCCGUGGGCGGAAUGCUUAUGUUCAUGAUGGGAAUGCAAUGGGGCGGAUACCAGUACGACUGGGACAGCGCCCACGUCCUCGCCCCCCUCAUCCUCGGCGUCGUCAUGAUCAUAGCCUUCCUGAUAUGGGAAAGCUACUACGCCCCCUAUCCCAUGUUCCCCAAACGCCUCCGACAAGACCCUCGAACCUUAGCCAUGACGCUCGUUAUCACUUUCAUCUCCGGCGCGAACUUCUUCUCCGUCCAAAUGUUCUGGCCAACCCAAGCCUUCAACGUCUACGGCCACGACCCCGUCGGAGUUGGAAUUCGCGGCUUGCCCGUAAGUUUUGGUGUCCUGGGUGGAGCAUUUAUCGUUCUCUGGCUGCUUUCCGUUUUUCGAGGACAUAAUAAGGAACUGAUGAUCGCUUCUUCGAUUCUGAUGACCGCCGGUUGUGGAUCGCUGGCCUGUGCUCGAGUUGACAAUUUGAAUACAAUCUGGGGUCUGCUGUUCAUCGCAGGACUUGGUAUCGGAGGAAUUGUGGUUCCGGCUUCGAUUAUCACCACCAUCAUCUGUCCCGAUGACUUGAUUGCUACCGUCGCCGCUUUGACCCUCGCGAUUCGAGUUAUCGGCGGUAGUAUCGGCUACUGCGUCUACUACAAUGUCUUCGUCCACAAAUUCGAGACAAAAGCUGUCGAAUACAUUGGGGGCUACAUGAUGACCCGCCUGAACAUCACCAACGAGACCCUCAUCGCGGAAGCCAUUCAACUGACUGGAGUCUCUUUGAUCGAGAGAAUCAACGACAUUCCCGGUAUUGCCGGAGUACCUGGAGCGUACGACGGAGUUGUCCUUGCGGGGCAAACCGCAUAUGCGGAUUCGUACAUCUACGUCUAUCUGGUGUCUAUCGCUUUUGGUGCGAUCAGUAUCGUCGCCGCCUGUUUCCUCGGAGAUAUCUCCAAAUAUAUGGACGACCAUAUUGCAGUCGUGAUGUAA